UCCCCGUGCUCAAAAUUGCGGCCAUUUCACGCACGCAGACCUCUCCUAUAAAAAGAGAUCGAUUCAUCAUGGAACGAUCAGGCUAAGUGUCCAUCCACAACAUACAUCUUGCAAACAACAUACUAACAAUCUCGUCUCUGUAGCAUUUGAAGAACUCCAACGAAAAUGAACUCGGUGGUGAAGAUCGGCCCCUUUGGCAGCACCUCCGAGGCUGAGGGCAAUCGCGACAUCACCGUAGCGCCGCUGCGCCUGGAGAGCAUCACCAUCCGCCAUGGGAAUGUGCUCGACGCCCUCUCCUUCACCUACAAGGACUGCCACGGGCUGCAGCACACCACAGGCCAAUGGGGCGGCGACGGCGGCAACUCCACCACAAUUACCCUUGGCCCUGACGAGUUCGUGACGGGAGUUCACGGGCUCUACGGCUUCUACGGUUACGGGAGCGACGGCGUCACCGGCUUCACCAUCGUCACCAACCUCCGGACCUACGGACCGUUCGGAGUCAGUGACUCCAUCAAGGAACCCAAGUCCUUCGACAUCCCCGUCAUGAACAACGGCAGCAUCGUCGGCUUCUUCGCCCACCGCAACAAGGCCUACGUCACGGCCAUCGGUGUCUACGUCAAGCCCUUCUGAUGAUUGUCAUGUGCUUGGCAAAAUCGAUCAUGAACCUGCUGUUUAAUUUGGGCGUUCAGCUUUUGUGUGUAUGCUUGAAAAAAUAAACUGGGAUCUGAUGUCAUCCCACUAUCCCAGCCCGUAUGCUGGUUGGUGUCUACAUCUGUGCCUGCAGCUUCAUCUGUAGGUAGGUUUCUAUGUUUGAAUAAACAUUUUAAGCAUUGUCUUCGUUUGAAUAAUAAACUUGUGGUCGUGUUUGAAUGGCA